AUGGUUGGAGUUGGAAUUAUUUCUUUACUUCUUUUAACAUGUACUUUUACAAUUCUUGAUUCAUUUUUGGGUAACUCAGAUAAUGAAGGAGAAGAAGAUGGAGAUGAAGAAAUUAGUAAAGAAGAUGCUAAGAAUUAUUUAAAUCAAUUUGGCUACAUUGAAGAAGAACAAGAAGGACGUGCUUUUAACGAAAGACAAAGGCAUAGAACGGCUGAUCAAAUGCUUGAAGAUUUUUCUUUAGAAUCUUUAAAAUCAGCAAUUUCAAAAUUUCAAGAAUUUGCUGGUUUACCUUCUACUGGAGAAUUAGAUAAUAGAACAAGAAAGAAAAUGAAAAAGCCGAGAUGUGGAAUGCAAGAUGUUGAAAUGGUUAGAGGUAGAGGAGGAACUGGUACAACAUUAAUGUGGAGAAAAAAGACAUUGACAUAUCGUUUAGAACAUGCAACUAACGAUUUGCCAACAUAUAUGCAGAGAAAAUCACUUAAAAUGGCUUUUGAUGCUUGGUCUCAACAUAUUCCAUUAGAUUUUGAAGAAAAUAAUGGAUAUGGAAAUGUUGAUAUUAGAGUUCGUUUUGCUAAAAAAAGUCAUGGCGAUCCUUGGUCUUUUGAUGGAAGAGGUGGUGUUUUGGCCCAUGCUACAUUUCCGACUGAUGGACAAUUGCAUUUUGAUGAUGAUGAACAAUGGGCAUUUAUGGAUGCGGCAAAGAUUAGAAGUUAUCGAUAUACAGAUAUGUUUUGGGUUUCUUUACAUGAAAUUGGACAUGUUUUGGGACUUUCACAUUCAAAAGUUGAAACAGCGGUUAUGGCUCCAUUUUACAAAGAUCCAUCAGAAUUAGUUGAUUGGAGAAAUAAUUAUAAAAUACCAGAGCUUACUCAUGAUGAUAUAAAAGCAGCUAAAGCUGUUUAUGGGAAUAGAAAUAGUCCAAAACCAAUAAAAGAAAAAGAUCCUCUUGAUGAUAUGUUUCCUAAUAGUGACGAAGGUGAUAAUGACAGACCGAGAAAAGGAAUACCUGAUAAAAAUAAUCCAGAUGAUAAUGGCGAGAAUGAAGAAGAUACAUUAAGUAAAGUAUUAAAUGAAAUAUUUAACAUAUUUUCAAAUAAAGGAAUAAGAACGACAAACAAUAAUUCUAAAAUUAUUUUUAUUUUAUUUUUAACAUUAACAAUUUUUCUUUCAAUUUAA